AUGCGCAAUCUCAAGAUUGAGAAGCUCGUUCUCAACAUCUGCGUCGGUGAAUCUGGUGAUAGAUUGACCCGUGCCGCCAAGGUUCUUGAGCAACUUUCCGGUCAAACCCCCGUCUACUCCAAGGCCCGUUACACUGUCAGAACUUUCGGUAUCAGAAGAAACGAAAAGAUCUCUGUCCACGUCACUGUCAGAGGCCCCAAGGCUGAGGAGAUCCUCGAGAGAGGUCUUAAGGUCAAGGAGUACGAGCUCAAGGCCAAGAACUUCUCUGAGACCGGUAACUUCGGUUUCGGUAUCAACGAACACAUCGACUUGGGUAUCAAGUACGACCCCUCUAUUGGUAUCUACGGUAUGGACUUCUACGUUGUUGUCGGCCGUCCUGGAUUCCGUGUUGCCCGCAGAAAGAGAGCUCAAGCUCCCAUUGGCAAGCACCACAAGAUCUCCAAGGAGGACUCCAUCAAGUGGUUCAAGCAAAAGUACGACGCCAUUGUCCUCGGUUCCGGCUCUGCCUAA